AGAACAAAAAAAUCUAUACUUUUUUUACCGGUCGUCGUAGAUCUGAAUCAGAAAAAUUCAGUAGUUCAUAAGCAAAAACCAAACAAAACUUCUCAGAAAAUCGGUAAGAAGUAAGAACCCUAAAUUCGAUAGUACUCUCAUCACUCGAAUCGGAGCAGGGUUUGACACUGAAUCCGUUCUUGUGAACUGGGUUUUGCAUUCGGAUCUAUCUUGUUUUUGGAGAUCUCAUCGCAAAUAUGAAAGAAAGUAAAUCUGCAAAGUUGAAUCAUCAAGACCACCAUGAACAGAUUCACCACCAAAACAGUCACUUGAGUUCUUUCAAAUUCGCCAAAUUGUUCGAUUCAGAAGCUUCCUGGGACAAGGAUCAAUUGGGAGAUGUGUUGCAUUGGAUCAGGCAAGUGGUUGGGUUACUCUGCGGAUUGUUGUGGGGUUCGAUACCUUUGGUUGGAGGCAUUUGGCUACUUCUAUUUCUGGCGAUCUCUUCUGGCAUAGUAUAUGGUUACUAUGCAUUGAUUCUAAAGAUCGAUGAAGAAGACUUUGGUGGUCAUGCAGCUUUGCUCCAGGACGGUCUAUUUGCUUCUCUAAGUGUAUUCCUGCUUGCGUGGAUUCUGGUGUAUAGCUUGUCUAGCUUCUGAUAGAGACGCACUGUCUUGUCCUUGAGUUGCUUUAGCCUUGCUCGGAAGAAGUUUUAGCAGAGGUUGCCUUUUCAUGGUUUCUUCGGUUAGUCUUCUUUACGUUGCCAUUGAUGCUUUUGCUUUCUGAAGAUGGGAACUAGCAUUGGUAGAUUUUCAAUGGAACAUAUGGUUUCCUUUCCUUUUGUCAGUUAUACUAUGUUUUUAUUUUGGAAAUUUUUUUGUGUAAUAAAACUAAUAUUAUUAUGCAAGGUUGUGUUUAUUCUGAAAA